AUGCCUCCCAAGCGGCGCGGAGGUGCAGCCAGCUCCGCACCAGCUCCGCCGAAACGUGGGCGCGCAUCGAAGCUAGCAAAGGACAACAACAUCACAGCCGAAGAAGAGAACGAGAUCAAGGAAGUCUUUCACAUAUUCUCCGAUAAGAACAAAGAGUUUCCAGAUGAGAAGGAGGGCGUCAUUCCCCGGGAAGAUGUGCGCAAGGCACUAGUAGCACUCGGCCUCCCACCCACAGACUCAAGCGAACUCGCCGAAAUCCUCUCUGCCCUCGACCCAACGCUAAGCGGCUUCGUACCAUACAGCCCCUUUGUAUCAAUAGCAGCCGCAAAGCUGCGCUCGCGCGAUGACGAUGCCAUGGCCGCCGAGGUGGAUGAUGCGUAUCAGCUGUUCACGCGCGGCACGGACGGCCCCAUCACAUUGUCGCAUCUGAGGCGCAUUGCGCGCGACUUGAAAGAGGAAAGUGUGGGCGAUGAUUUGCUUAAAGACAUGAUCCUUGAAGGGAAUGGAGGUGCUGGGUUGAGUGCCGGUGUCACUUUGGAGCAGUUCCAUGAUGUCAUGACCAGGGCGGGCGUAUUUUAG